AUGUCGUACUUCUUCUCCACUCCAGUCGACAUCGACGUCGUCCUGGACGAUGCCGACGACCGGUCCAUGGUCGACGUCAAGCUCGACAAGAACCGCCGCGAGAAGGCGCCCCUCUACAUGGACGGCGAGUCGGUCAAGGGCGCCGUUACCGUGCGGCCCAAGGACGGCAAACGCCUCGAGCACACCGGCAUCAAGGUCCAGUUCAUCGGCACCAUCGAGAUGUUCUUUGACCGCGGCAACCACUACGAGUUCCUCUCCCUGAACCAAGAGCUCGCCGCCCCCGGCGAGCUGCAGCACCCGCAAACCUUUGACUUCAACUUCAAAAACGUGGAGAAGCAGUACGAGUCGUACAACGGCAUCAACGUCAAGCUGCGGUACUUUGUUCGCGUCACCGUGUCCCGGCGCAUGGCCGACGUCAUUCGCGAAAAGGACAUUUGGGUCUACAGCUACCGCAUCCCGCCCGAGAUGAACAGCAGCAUCAAGAUGGACGUGGGCAUCGAGGACUGCCUGCACAUCGAGUUUGAGUACAGCAAGAGCAAGUACCACCUCAAGGACGUCAUUGUCGGCCGCAUCUACUUUCUCUUGGUGAGGCUCAAGAUCAAGCACAUGGAGCUGUCCAUCAUCCGGCGAGAAACCACGGGCGCCGCGCCGAACCAGUACAACGAGAGCGAGACUCUGGUGCGCUUCGAGAUUAUGGACGGCUCGCCGUCGAGGGGCGAGACGAUACCCAUCCGCUUGUUCCUGGGCGGCUUUGACCUGACGCCCACGUUCCGGGACGUGAACAAGAAAUUUUCAACGAGAUAUUAUCUCAGCUUGGUUCUGAUUGAUGAAGAUGCCCGUCGAUACUUUAAGCAGUCGGAAAUCAUUCUAUAUCGCCAGGCCCCUGACGGUCUCCCUGAAACCUCUGGUGGUGGUCUCCAGCCUCUCCCAGCUCCCAAUGAAGCCAAGAUAGCCUCUGCUCACGCAUAG